UGUGAGCUGAACAAGAAUCAUUAUUCUGAGUUUGUUCUUCAGAUCAUCAUGCCUGAACCAGCCAAAUCCGCCCCGAAGAAGGGAUCUAAGAAGGCCGUCACAAAGACCGCCGGUAAGGGAGGAAAGAAGCGCAGAAAGUCCAGGAAGGAGAGUUACGCUAUCUACGUGUAUAAAGUCCUGAAACAGGUUCAUCCUGACACCGGGAUCUCUUCCAAGGCGAUGGGAAUCAUGAACUCUUUCGUCAACGACAUCUUCGAGCGCAUCGGCGGUGAAGCGUCUCGUCUCGCUCACUACAACAAGCGCUCCACCAUCACAUCGAGAGAGAUCCAGACCGCCGUGCGUCUGCUGCUGCCCGGUGAACUGGCCAAACACGCCGUGUCUGAGGGCACAAAGGCCGUCACCAAAUACACCAGCUCCAAGUAGAAGAACAUCCGGUUUCUCAACCAACCCAAAGGCUCUUUUAAGAGCCACCCAUAUUCUCAUUUAAAGAGUUUCUUGCAGAAGAUGUUCACGUGAGAACGGAAUCUGGUUUAGUGACUGGAAAAGUAAGGUUUACGGGACACUCAAGAUUAAACUCAAUCAUUGAAAAUGGGUUCGGUUACACAAAGCCACCAUUUAAUUUUCUGUCAUCUGGUGAUCAGAAAUGUAAAUUGGGAAACUGCCAUGACUAACAUGUUAUUUAAUUUUAAAGUAAUACAAUUGCAUUUGAACACUCAUGUCUUUGGAGUGAUU